AUGUUACAGUAUUUGAUGUUAAGUGGAUUCAAAAUUGAAGAAUGCUAUUUAGGUAUUGUAGGUACUUCUUUGGUACGCAUCCUAAGUGUUUUAGAUUUAAAUGCUAGAAAAAUAAAUAUCAAUGCCCCAAACAUGGUAUCUCUAAAAGGUCAAUCAUUACAAAGUUAUUACUAUAUGACUUUUCCAAUGGCAAUAGCUUUGUAUCCAAGUCUUGCUUUAUUCAACCAUUCUUGUGAUCCAAAUAUAGAACGAAGUGGAAAAUUAUCUACAAAAACAAGAGUAAUUAAAGCAAUCGAACCAAUUCCCAAAGGAAAUCAGUUAUUCUUUAACUAUGGAAGGUUAAUAUUGUUUGAUAAGAUGAAAAAAGAAGAAAGACAAGAGAGUUGCCGGAAUAAUUUCAAGUUUGAAUGCUGCUGCCAGCGUUGCAUAGAAAACUGGCCCCAAUAUCAUUCCAUACCAAAUGGUCUUUCUGCAAUAAAUAUUUUAAACCCUAGAAUGGCAGAAACUGUGAUAAAGGAGUGCAAGCGAUUUGAGGACUUUAUAGAAAACGUGGGCUAUGAUGAGUUUCAUCGUCAUUUAGAUUAUCUUUAUGGGUUUAUUAAGCUAUUAUUUAUUAAUGUAAAACGACCAUUUGGAUUGUAUCAUAAGUGUCUUCAUAUUAUAAAUCAUGCACAUACAGAACUCAAACAUCCAAUUAUAUUUUAAUAAUAAUAAUUAUUAUUAAAAUGUAUAUAAUUUUUAGUUUAUAU